AUGGAGAGGUUGAUAUGGCUCUUCCAUUUCCUCUUUCUUUUCUUCCAGUAUCAAUCUGCUUGUUCAUCCCCUCUCUCUUCAUCUCCUUCGUCGAAUCAUUUGUGUUCUCUCAAUGAGAGAUCUUCACUGCUGCAAUUUAAGCAAAUGUUUACCAUAGACUAUGCUUCCUCUUGGUGUGAUGUUCAUGAUUACCCGAAGACACUGUCUUGGAACGAGACUACUGAUUCCGAUUGUUGCUCAUGGGACGGGGUCACGUGCGAUGUGUCCACUGGUCACGUGACCGGGCUUGACCUCAGUUGUAGCCACCUCUAUGGCACCAUUCAUCCGAAUACCACUCUCUUCCAACUCUCACACCUCCAGCAACUCAAUCUCGCCUUCAAUCACUUCAACUUCUCCCCCUUUCCACCCUCUUUUAGCCGCUUCAUGAGCUUAUCCCAUCUCAACCUAUCCUCUUCCUUUCUGUCAGGCUCUAUCCCAUCAGAAAUCACCCACCUAUCCAAACUUGUUUCGCUAGAUCUCUCUUCUUCCAUUAUGUUACUAAGACUUGAACCGCACAAUUUCAAAACCCUGCUCAUGAACUUGACCCGCCUAGAAAACCUGAAGCUUACCGGAGUAAACAUUUCUUCGGGUCUACCCAAUUCCUUGAUGAAUUUGUCUUCUUUAGCAACUCUCGACCUUGCUGGGACCGGAGUCGAUGGAAAACUACUCGAUUCUACUGGCUAUCUUGGGUUUUUAAAUUACAUGGAUCUCUCUUACAACAAACUCUCUGGGCCUCUUCCCGAGUCGCUUGGAAACCUCACGAGGAUUACUCAUCUAGAUUUAUCGGGAAACGCUUUGAACGGUCAGGUCCCAUCUACUCUCUCAAAUCUUGAGCAACUGACCGAGUUGAGCAUUGCGGCCAACAAUCUCGAUGGUCUUGUGAGCAUUAACUUAAGCAACAAUAAACUGCAUGGUCCCAUUCCGCUGUCAAUAUCAGGUCUUGUGAACUUGCGUUUCCUCUACCUUUCGUCGAAUAAUCUGAGUGGUGUCAUGGAGCUACAGAAAUCCUCAAACCUUGAAAAACUUGAUCUUUCGGAAAAUAAUAUCUCAGCUGUGAGCAUUGGUAGUGGUAGUAAUGCCAAUGCUACCUUGCCCAAUCUUUUUUCGGUGUAUUUGUCCUCUUGCAAUAUAACCGAGUUCCCAGAAUUCUUAAAAAGCGCAGAGAACCUCGGAUCACUAGAUCUAUCCAACAACAAAAUUCAUGGAGAGUUCCCGGAAUUCUUUAAAAUAGCAGAGAACCUCCAAUCACUAGAUCUAUCCAACAACCAAAUUCAUGGAGAGAUUCCGAAGUGGGUAGGGGGGACUUCCUUGGUUUUUUUGGAUCUUUCCUAUAACUAUCUUCAAGGACCAUUCCGAGUUCCAGCAUCAUCAUUAUCCACCUUCCUAAUCUCACACAAUAAACUAACAGGAGAAAUCCCUUCAUCAUCAAUUUGCAAUUCCAGUGCCCUAAUGUAUCUUGUUUUGUCGAAUAACAACUUAAGUGGUGUUAUUCCCCACUGUUUGGGAAAUGUCAGCAACCUCUUAGUUUUAGAUCUACGGUCGAAUGGCUUCCAUGGGGCUAUCCCAACAACAUUUGCAAAUGGAAGUAGGUUGAGAAGUCUUAGUUUAAAUGCAAAUCAUUUGCGAGGACCAGUGCCGCGAUCUUUCGCCAAUUGUAAACGCAUGGAAGUUCUAGAUCUUGGGAACAACGAUCUAUAUGGUGCAUUCCCUGACUGGCUGGAGUCUCUUCCAGAGUUGCAAGUUCUUGUCUUGAAAUCAAACAGAUUUCAUGGUCCUAUAGGCACUUCUAGAACUGAAUCUCCUUUCCCUAAGCUUCGAAUUUUCGACAUUUCUCAUAACAACUUCACUGGGCUUCUACCGGAACGAUAUUUCCUCAAUUUCAAAGCCAUAAUGAAUGUGGAUAAAUCGAAAAUGCCGUUGCGAUACAUGGGAGAUAGUAUUGGUCAUCAUUAUUCUGUAGAGUUGGUCCUGAAGGGGGUAUCAACUGAAUUAACAUAUAUCCUCACAGUCUUCACAACAAUCGACUUCUCAUACAACAAUUUCAAAGGAGAGAUUCCAAAUGGCAUUGGAAAGCUACAAGGACUUCGGUUGCUAAAUCUAUCUCGGAAUGGUCUUUCCGGUCAUCUUCCAUCAUUGCUAGGAAACAUUACAAUGUUGGAAUCGUUAGACCUCUCUUCGAACCAGUUCACCGGGGAGAUUCCAGGGGAAUUCACAAGUCUGACAUUUCUUGCGGUCUUAAACCUUUCGGAAAACCAUCUAGUUGGUCUCAUACCUCAAGGAAAACAGUUUAAUACAUUUGAGAAUAACUCUUAUGUUGGGAAUUCGGGAUUGUGUGGAUUUCCGUUGUCAAAGAAAUGUGGAGAUAGUGAGGCACGACCACAGCCUCCACAACCGAUAUCCCAAGAUGAUAAUGAUGAUGAUUUUGCUAGUGGAUUUACUUGGAGGAUCGUGCUGAUGGGGUAUGGAUGCGGAUUUGUAAUAGGAGCGACUAUGGGAUUUGCUAUGUUCUUGAUUGGAAGACUGAAAUGGUAUACGAGAAUAGUUGGAGGAGAUCGGCGCAGGAAGGUGGUAAGGAUAAAUCAGAUUGGUUGGGGAAGAAGUCAGCAAAGUUAGAUGCUGUUUUCCGGGAGGAAAUAAUAACUGGGGUGGCUUGCUAGAACGAGUACUACAAUAAUAUCAUGCCCUGUAUAAUACAUGUUUUAUAUAGUCUUCAAAUAACUUCUCGG